AUGAAAACUUCAUUGUAUUCCUUUCCUUUUGAUAUAGACUCAAACAAAGGAUUCUUUAUUCCCUUCCAUAACCGAGAAAUAAAGGAUUCCCUAAGCAGAACUUCUGCAACCCAAGGCAGUGCCACACCAGCUCAGAAAAUAGAUGUUUUUCCACUGGGGACACAGAUGCAAGAAACAAGAAGGGAGACAAGCGACCCCCACCAGGAAGGCGAAUUCAGACACUACUCGCCUCGUCAGUCCACAGUCCGAUCUCCAGAGAAGAUGACUAGAGAUGGAUACCGAAUAUCUUUUUUAGACACCAAGUCUUCAGGUUCCUCUCCAGAAAAAAGCUUGAUACCAAAACCUGAUGCGUAUCCAUGUACCCAUGACGUCGGGUUGAGUAAAUGCCUGGAUGUGGGGGAUUCUACCCAGAUCCUUCCCUGUCAAUUACCUCCUGAUGUUUGCCUGGACCAAUAUGAUAAUCAUUAUUCUCAAACUCUUCUCCUGCAUGGGAGUCUUGUCAAAAGGCCUCAAAAAAACAAGAGCUACCGAGACUAUAGCAUAAAGCCUUCACAUGAUGUAAAGGCAACCUCAUCCCAUCCCUGUGGAGACUUACUAACAUCUCUGUCCAACCCCGACUCCAGCACAGAAAGGCUUCUGAAGCUUAGUUCAGAUCUCUAUGCAACAACCCAUUUCAACAGUGACCCUGCUCUGCUGGCCAAUGUAGAACAACAGUUAUCCAGCAGCCUCAGGGAUUUUGUACCAGUACCUGGUUCUUUCCCAAGCAACCCUGUUCUAGGAAACUCUAUGCGGACACUGCUGUUGCCUCCUGGGACUCCAGAAAAAAGAGAGAUUCCAACUAACAGGUCAUUUAGCCCGUCAAGGAGAGGAUUCAAGCGGAAGGACAACAUCGUUGCCAGCCUGAACCUGAAGCGAGGUUUCCAAGAUGCCGCAGGCAGCGAGGUGCAACCUCUCUCUAGUGACCUGGGCAGUUUGCAUGGUUUACCAGGAAACCAUAGUCCCCCGAUCUCUGCCAGAACCCCCCAUGUGGCCACUGUCCUCAGGCAGCUGCUAGAGCUGGUGGAUAAAUACUGGAAUGGCUCUGGCUCCCUCAUCCUCAACAAGAAGUUUCUUGGUCCUGCCAGAGAUUUGCUUCUGUCUUUGGUCGUGCCUGCACCUCCUCAGCAGUGGUACUGCUCACAGCUUGAAGACAAGGCAGGGAAAGCCUUCCACCGGAGGGAGAGUGAGCUAAAGGAAGCAGGGCUGCUGGUUCCUCAUGACGUGGAAAGUUUGAAGCAAAAAUUGGUCAAAGUGCUGGAGGAAAACCUUAUUCUGUCAGAAAAAAUUCAGCAGUUGGAGGGAGCUGCUGCCACCUCGGUUUCGAGUGGGCACCCAUCUCAGACACACGAUGAUCUUCUGCGCAAAAACCAACAACUGACCACACAGGUGGCUUGCCUGAACCAGGAGCUGACUCAGCUGAAAAGGCUGGAGGAGACAGUUGCUCUUCUCCAUGAGAGUCAGAGAUCCCUGGUGGUAACUAAUGAGUAUCUGCUGCAGCAGCUGAAUAAAGAGCAAAAAGGUUAUUCCGGGAAAUCGCUCCUGCCUCCCGAGAAAAGUCAUCCUUUGGGGAGAUCGUCGCCCUUUGGGAAAAGCACGCUGUCUUCCUCCUCACCAAUGGCACAAGACACGGGUCAGUAUCUCAUACAGAGUGUCUCAGAAGCUGACCCCGAGCCUAGUUUGUGGAGCUAGUAGCACAGAGCUUCACCACAGCUCCCUUUCACCCAUGGAGGGUUCUCAGUGCUAUUGUCAUG